ACAACUACACACUCUCAUACUUAUCUCAUCUUAUGUUUUCUCAUUUCUCUCCUCUCUAUUUUGAUAUUUUGAAAAUAAAAACACUAGAUUGAAAGAGAAGGAGAUAACAGUAAAUGGCAGAUCAAAAUCCAAGAAUCAUCGUCGAGAAAAACCCGUCUCAAGCUCGUCUUGACGAACUAAACAUCAAGUCAUGGCCCAAGUGGGGAUGUUCACCAGGGAAAUAUCAUUUGAAAUAUGAAGCAGAAGAGAUAUGUUACAUUGUGAAGGGUAAAGUUAAGGUUUACCCUAAACAAUCAUCAUCAUCAUCAUCACCACUGGAUGCAGAAGUAGAGUGGUGUGUAGAGUUUGGGGCAGGUGAUAUUGUCACUUUUCCAAAGGGACUCUCUUGUACUUGGGAUGUUUCUCUCUCUGUUGACAAACACUAUAUAUUUCUCCACCAUUCUUCUUCUUAGGUUUUUUUUUCUUCUUCUUUUAUAUUCUUUAUUUUUGAUUUUCUAUAAUUCGUAUAAUGCUUUGUGUUGCUUUUGUCGUUUUUAUCUAAUAAGAAAAUAUCAAU